UUAAAGGCAUGUAGCUUCUUCCCCCCCAGGGGAAAAGCUUGCAGUCCUGGGCUCAUGGUCAGAUUUGUUACGAAGCAAAGGAAGCAGAAGAUUUACAGAGAGGAGCGCAACCUAACCUUGGACUCAUUGAUGCAGCUCAAGCAGGAGGCAAGCUGGCUCCAGUUCCACUUGGGCAUUAAUAGCCAGGCCCUGUAUCCUCGGUCCAGCCCUGCUAUUGACCAACUCCUCAAGGACACACAUGACCUUAACACCAUCAGUGCUGAUUAUAGUCAGGAUGAGAAAGCAUUGUUAGGUGCCUGUGACUGUUCACAAAUUGUCAAGCCCAGCGGAGUUCAUUUGAAGCUCGUUCUGCGGUUCCAGGACUUUGGGAAAGCCAUGUUCAAACCUAUGAGACAGAAACGAGAUGAGGAAACUCCUGAAGAUUUUUUCUAUUUUGUGGACUUUCAACGACAUAAUGCAGAAAUUGCUGCCUUCCACUUGGAUAGAAUCCUCGAUUUUCGGCGUGUCCCUCCUGUGGUUGGGAGAAUGAUUAACAUAACAAAGGAAAUAUUGGAGAUCACUAAGAACGAACUCCUGCAAAGUGUCUUUUUUAUUUCACCAGCCAGCAACGUCUGCUUCUUUGCCAAGUGCCCUUAUAUGUGCAAGACGGAAUAUGCCGUCUGCGGCAACCCCCACAUGCUGGAAGGAUCCCUCUCUGCUUUCCUGCCAUCCCUCAACUUGGCGCCAAGACUCUCUGUCCCCAAUCCAUGGAUCCGAUCCUACACCUUUGCUGGAAAAGAGGAAUGGGAAGUGAAUCCACUUUAUUGCAAUACAGUGAAGGAGAUUUAUCCUUACAGCAGUGGCAGCCGGCUACUCAAUAUCAUUGACAUGGCAAUCUUUGACUUCUUAAUAGGCAACAUGGACCGCCAUCAUUAUGAGAUGUUCACCAAAUUUGGGGAUGAUGGCUUUUUCCUCCACCUGGACAAUGCAAGAGGUUUUGGGAAGCAUUCCCAUGACGAGAUCUCCAUUCUGGCUCCCCUGGAACAGUGCUGUGUAAUCAAGGAGACAACAUUAUUGCGGCUGCAGCUGUUAGCUCAGCCAGACUACAAGCUCAGUGACAUCAUGCGGGAGUCCUUGCUGCAGGACCACCUCUCACCUGUCCUCACAGAACCUCACCUGUUGGCCCUUGACAGAAGGUUAUGGAUCGUCCUGAAGACAGUAGAGAAAUGCAUAGAGGCCAAUGGUGAAGAUAAUGUUGUGGCUGAUGGCAGACCACUGGAGACACCCACUUUUGACAGAAUGACACAGCCAAGCUAGAGCUCAACAAGAACACUGGACCUGAACUUUGAACUGCUGAUUAUGAUGUCUCUUAUCCUGAACAACUCAGACAGAACUAGGAGGAGGUCUCAGAAGUAUAAUUAAUCUACUGGCUGGGGCACUGUUGGCAUCAGGUUUUAGUGUAUUUAUAUACUGGAACCUUGUCCUUUCAACCCUCCUCUUACCUUUGUGCCUCUUCUCCAACAGAACUGAAUAAACGAAGCACCAUCGAGCUAAAAACAGCAUAGUUUGAGUGUUUGGGCAUUUUGCAAAAUCUGCCCCUGGGCCCUCCUUGUCAUAGAUUAUCAUGAUUCUUUUUAUUUUAACUGGUGGCUUGAAUAAAAAGGGACCAAUCAAAGAGAA